AUGCCUUCACGCAAGCUUGCGUUUAUUCCAGCAAUCCUCUUUCUGGUCACUCAAGUUCAUGCCCAAACCAACGUUGUUGAUUACAACGUCACCGGAUACGAUGUGGCUCCAGACUUGUCCAAGUACGAGAUCGAUCCAUACCCUCCCUUGAAAGAUGACCAGGGGAACCAAAUCGACGCAGCCAAUGUGCGCGGCACUCGUCUUUUUGGUUGGGAAGGUUGCGAACCGCAGGCCGCGAAUGACAUCAAAGCAGCAUACAAUGACUUCUACAAGCUAUCUCAUCUGGAUGGCUUGUACGCCAACUUUGACUGGAAAGGUCAAGCAGCGCGGGAGUUUUGGGGCUCUGACGUCAGUCCAAAAGCUCCCCUGAACGACGGGACGAAAGAAGAGAUUCGACGUAAGUAUACUGGACCGGCUUCUAUCCCAAUUGAUGCUGAUCAGACACUUCCAGAGAUAUACGAUGCAGCAAGCUCUAUAUGGUCCUCGAACUGGCAGAGGCCACCGUGGAGCCCGGGGUGGCCAGGCCGCGAUCUGUGGAUCCAUGUGAGAUGUAGCGGUGGUGACAAUACGGGCGAUCCGGAGAACAUAUGCGGUGACCGCAAAAACGCUCCAGUGAACAAUCCGCAAUGCCCGCCACCCCCAGAAAAUGGCGAGCCAAAAGAGGAAGUCAGGAUGCAAGCUUACUCGGAUCAAAAUGAUGGAGGUUGGUUCGGUGGCUACAGCCGGAUCACCUUUUGCAACAGGUUCUUUAACGACCUUCGGUCCUUGGACGAAGCAACUAAGUACGCAAAACGAUCUGAUGAACUGAAGGAGAAUCUGGAGAAUUGGGACAAUCGAGCGAGGUGCUUCUUCCACGAGAUAACGCAUCUUGCAUUUUUUGUUAGUAAGUGA